CUGAGGCUCAGCGCACUGAGUGAUACGGUAUUUAAACACCACACCCAGCGGCACGACAUAGCUACAGACACUGUGUGAAACCUCACCAGCCCAGAUCACUAAGGACAUUCAACAUGGCACUCGUAGCUGAGUUCUUGGGACAGUUGACCCUUGAUGUGUUCGGGGAUAACGACCCCAAACACCCCACGGUGGUACCUGUACCUGACUUCGAUCCUGAGAAGGAUGCUGCUAGGAUAGAGACUGCCAUCCAAACCAAGGGUGUGGAUGAGCAGACCAUCAUUAAUAUCCUCACCAAGCGCAGUUACUCCCAGAGGCGAGACAUUGCUUUCUCGUACGAAAGGAGGGCAAAGAAGGACAUGAUCACAGCCCUGAAGGGCUCUCUGAAGGGCUCUCUGGAGACCCUCAUCCUGGGUCUGAUGAAAAGCACGGCGCAGUACGACGCCUCUGAAAUCAAAGCCUCCAUGAAGGGACUGGGAACCGAUGAAGAAACCUUAAUCGAGAUGGUGUGUUCCCGCAGUAAUAAGGAGCUGGUGGAAAUUAAACGUGUCUACAAAGAAAUGUUCAAGAAAGAUCUAGAGAAGGACAUUGCUGGAGAUACCUCAGGGGACUUUUCUAAACUGCUGCUGGCUUUAGUGCAAGCUAAUAGGGAGGAGCCUAGCAAUAUUGUGGACUAUGCGAAGAUUGACCAGGAUGCCAGAGCGCUGUAUGAGGCAGGUGUUAAGAGGAAGGGAACCGACGUUGCUACGUGGAUCACCAUCAUGUCUCAGAGAAGUGUCCCACACCUUUGCAAAGUGUUUGACAGGUACAAGAGCUACAGCCCUUAUGACAUGCAGGAAAGCAUCUGUAAGGAGGUCAAAGGGGAUCUGGAAAAGUCUUUCCUGACACUGGUUGCCUGUUUCGAAAACAAACAGUUGUACUUCGCCAACAGACUUGCUGAAGCCAUGAAGAGCAAAGGAGCUAAGGAGAAGGUGGUGACUCGCAUCAUGGUGUCACGUUGUGAAGUAGACCUCAUGAAGAUUCGCACAGAGUUCAAGAAGCAGCAGAGCAAGUCGCUGUACCAGACCAUCACUGACCACACCAAAGGCGAUUACCAGAAGGCCCUCCUGAGCCUGUGUGGAGGAGAUGACUGAGUCCUUCACCAUGUCAGAGAUCCAUCACGGGCCACAGCCUUACAAAGGGCUACAGUUAUAAUCAUUCCAGACACAGCAGUGUUACUGCUCUAAGGACAGUUACAGGACUAUGCUUCAUGGAAAUGAAAUAAUCUGUAAGAUAAAGUAGUAUGCACCUUAUAUAACCAGUUUUAUUGGUAAUAUAAUACUUAUUAGACAAUUUUGCUAUAAUGAUGAAAAUACAAAGCAUAAAUGUAUUGACUUAAUUGUCCACAAGGAGGCAGUGAUACAACCCAAAUUAGGGUGAAGAGCUGGCAUGUUUAUUUUUAUGCACUACAAAAACAGUUAAUAUGUGAAGCAUUAUCCUUUUUACAAGUCAGAAAUAAAAAAAUAUACACAUUUA